UAGUGUUUUGGUAGCAGCAAGAAUCAGGCAAUCGAAGUAGCAGCGAGCCGUGGAGGCAAGUCCAAGAAAGGUGGAGACUCCUGGAUAACUUCCUGCACUCAACUCUAGAAGCACUACCGAGAGACACAACCAGGGAGGCUGCUGCCGCUGCUGGAGCGAAGACGAAUGGAUAUACCCCUCAUCUGGCUUCUUUUUCAUCAUUAACUCGACUAGAAAACUCUUGGCGGUUGGCCGUGCUCAUCUACCUGGGUAGUAGUUAGCUAGCAGCGAGGCUGCUGGACGACAGAAUCCCAGCAUUUGAUCGCGAGGCGCCGAGAAGGACAGGAAUGGAGGUUGUGGUGGAGUAUGAUUAUGACGCACUCCAUGAUGACGAGCUGACCCUUCGACCUGGCGACAUCAUCAAAAACGUGCGCUACAUAGAGGAGGAUGGUUGGAUGGAGGGGGACCUCAAUGGGAAAAGGGGCCUCUUUCCCGACAACUUUGUCAAGGAACUGAAAAAGGACCCUAAAGAGGGCAGUCAAACAGCAGAUGAGCCAAAGGAAGAGCAGCCUCAGAAGAGAGAGAAGGUGGGGAACGUGGCCGGCCUGGUCCAGAGAAUAAGCACUCUUGGCAUCCCGACCGGUGCCUUCCAGCCACCAGUGCCUGCAGCUUCAAAGAAGCCUAAGAAGAGACAGUGCAAGGUGCUAUUUGAGUAUCAACCGCAGAACGAAGACGAGCUGGAGCUGAAAGUUGGAGACAUCGUAGAGAUCACUGAAGAGGUAGAAGAGGGCUGGUGGAGCGGCACCUUGAACGGUAAAUCAGGCCUUUUCCCCUCCAACUUUGUCAAAGAGCUGGAGCCCAUGGGAGACGUCGGAGAGUCCAAUGACACCAGCAGAGCAGAUCACACUGAUGGAAAUGGAGCGGAAAGCAUUGGCACACCCACCUCACCAUUGCCCACUCCGGGGAACGGAGGCAUUGCCCAGCCCAAGAAGAUCAAAGGAGUCGGCUUCGGAGAUAUUUUCAAAGAUGCUUCGUACAAAAAACGGCACUCAGUGCAAACCCCUGACAAAGAGGAGAAGAAUGAAAAUCCAAUCCCAUCAAUACCCCUUGCUGCAAAGCCCGCCCCUCCCAACACGACAGAUUCACAGAAAGCGGAUGGAGACAGCAAAGCCAAAGCUAAAGAGUACUGUAAGGUGGCGUACGCUUACAAAGCCACGAACGAGGACGAGCUCACCCUGAACGAAGGCGAUAUUGUCCACGUGCUGAGCAAGGACACAGGAGAGCCUGGCUGGUGGCGAGGCGAAGUCGGAAGCAAAGAAGGCGUCUUCCCUGACAACUUCGUCGUCAUGAUUUCUGAAGCAGAGAAAGAGGCUCCCACAUCAAGAGGGUCCAUCAAAUCAUCACCAAAGCCAGAGGCAGAAGAGAAACCGAAGAAACCGCCUCCACCAUCUAAAAGCACGGCUCUUAAGCCGGAGAUCCCGAGUGCUGACAAGAAGCCUCAUCUGGUCAGGCCAGAGGACAGAGUUGACAAACCCAUACCAGAUCUUAAACCUAAACCAGCUGCGCCCUUAGUCCCGCCCAAGAAGCCGGUCCCUCCUCCAGGGAAAGGCCGACCAGGAAUGAUCCCACCAAAGAGGCCUGAGAAGCCUCUUGCUUCCUCACCCAGCUUCAAGCACAAUGGAGAGGUGCCAUCCACACGACCAAAGUCUGACUCCGAGCCAUUACCUCUCACCAAACCGGUGUCUGCAGACUCUGUGGAGAAGUCGGGUACAGAUCUGAUGAGUUUUGAUGACUUGUCGUCUACCUCGGAGAAGCUCUCUCACCUCACGACCAACCGACCAAAGAUGACUGGAAGGAGGCUGCCCACGCAGUUUGGUGGAGGACAAUUGUUUGCAUUACAGCCCAACAAGGAAGUGAGUGUGGAGAAAACCUUUAAGACUGAUGAAGAAGAUGCCAAACCAAAGCUAACGGAAACCAGAAAGCCUUCCACAAACACCUUAUCGUCACCGUCAUUCCACAAGCCUGACUUCGGAGACUUCGGAGCUUCUCUGGGCAGUAAGGCGAAGGUGGAGCAUGAGGAGUCGAGCUCACAGCUGGAGGAGCUGAGGAGCCAGAUGAAGGAGCUGCAGCUCAUGGUGGAACUGCUCAAGUCGCAGCAAAUGAAAGAGAUCACUGAGCUUCGAGGAGAGCUGGAUGACGAAAGGCAAAAGCGUGUGUCCCUGCAGAUGGAGAUCGAGAAGCUAAAGCGAACCAUCCACUCGACGUGAAACUCCUUGAUCUAAUAAACGGCAGUCCUCGGGGUCAGCUGCUGGCCUGCCCGUCGAUCAGCAGGAGGGCAGCGACGUAUGGAUGGUCAAAUGGAGGGAGAGAGGGUGGAGAAAUCCACCCACCUCAAGCACAAUCCUUGUUCAGUGAUCUACAAAAACAAACAAACUCACUCUCCAUAUUUGUAAGAUUUACAUUUUGCACAUAAGAUUUUUUUCAAGCUAGGUGUAAGUUACAGAUGUAUAUGUUCCUCUCUCUCUUUUCUUUCUUUCUUUUUUUUUUUUAAUUUUGCCAAUACAAAAAAACAAAAACUGAGGCCUUACUUCAAACUACUGCGCUGGACUCACAACUCUGCUGCUCUGGACCUUUCCCAAUCACUCUGGCAUUCCUUGAACUCCUCAGGGAUGCUCUCAGUACUACUGACUUUGUGUAAAGCAGAGGGUGCUCGUUUUCCUUGCCUAAUUUCUUUUUGUUUUUUUUAUAAUGCGCAAAAAUUUAUUUUAAACAUAUUUGAUUAUUUGAGUUUUCAUCUUAGGAUUAAAAUGCGUUUUUCUUUAUUGCACGGCGCCUGUCAGCACAGCACCACCACAUGGCUGCAGCGUGUCAGAGCAAGCUCUUGCGUUUCUUUUUUUGUUGUCUUUUGAUGUUUUCUAGCAUUCCUACCCAGAAUAACACUACUGUGCCUGUUUCAGAAAAAAACAAACAAAAAAACAAUCUAUUAAAUGUUUGUAUUGGGAUCUGGAAUAUUUGCAGCAUGAUAUUGUAUAUCUAUAUUUUUAAAUCUACUGACAUGCUUAGUCAAAUAUUAUAUAGAGGGCCUCUUCUAUGCUGGCUCUUCUAUUUUUGUGAGAAAGUUUUCAGCUGUUGGGAAUGUUCUCAGAAACUUAGCCAGAGUCAUAAAAUGCAAGAGAGGAGCGAGGAAGGAGGGACUACAGUCUUCUGAAAAGGCAGCCUCAUUACGAUCAUCUCUGCUACUCGCUUGUCUAUUCAUAGCUCUCUCCCAUCCCUGUCAUUUCUACCUCCGCCUUCCUUACUCUCAUCCAUCUUUGUUUCCUGCUAAAUCGUCUGGUGUCUUUUUGCUCAGCCGACUACCCCCUCCCUCUUAUGUUUAAUCUACAACUCCACAUUUCAGACACAUGGGUUAAACUAACUGGAAGAACAUGAUGAAGCGGUGAAAUUCACUCACAUCCUCUUUUUUUCUUCCCCCUUUUUAAUCGUCUGAUGAUAAAACACCGCUGAAGAAUGAGAUUAUCCUGGUGGAAACUGGUGCAAUAUGGGUCAGCUAGUGUGUUUUUAGCCAUGUUAGCAUGGAUGAUGGGUAUAAGUGUCAUGCAGCUUGAUCCGUAAUGUUUCAGCAGACUUAAAGUUACAUGCAUACAUACAUCCACCAGAUUUGCACUACCAUGAUUUGAACUAGUAGUUGGUUUGUCAUGUUUGUCAGUGUAUAGUUACAGCACACUGCGCUGCCAUACCCUAGGCUAAAUUUUGUGUUUCCACAUUUCCACUUCAAAUGCCUGCACAACUUGCCACAGCCAUGUUUAUCAUGCACCAAUCAGCCAUAACAUUAAAACCAUUUUCCCAAUAUUGUGUCACUUUUGCCUGUGCCACCAAAGUGACACAGAAGAGCUCAGGAGGAGCUCCAGGGAAGACCUGUGGCAUCUGGGAGUUGGCGGUGUUCAACGGGUUUCAGAUUGGAGAAGUACUUUGAGCACCUCUCAUGUGUUUGGUCUAUUACAGUAAUGAUGCCAGAAAUCCAACAUUUCUUCAUAACAUGAUGGUCAGUGUCGUUCACUUCUCCCAGUAGUGGUUUCAAUGCAGUGGCUGAUUGCUGUAUGAGGCAUCAAAUGAAUCAGUCAAUUAACUGAAUGAUGAUUAAAUUAAGCUUUAUAAAGUGAGCAGGGCUGACCACUAGGAGUCUACAAUCUGAAAAAUUACACAUUAGGGGUUUUAAGAUGGAGUUAAAUAAAGAUUAGAAGUUACUGCUUUUUACUGGACAUUGAGCAAACAACUGUCGUUAAAACUCAGGCAGUUUCUAUAGCUGGAAGUACUGCUACAGUUAAGAAAGGUAACUGGAUUUUUCUCACUUGUCAUGAUGUUUAGGGGUACAGAAAUGUAGAGCAUGGUAUCACUAACGCAGAAGGCCAAACUCAGUCAGUUCUAACUGGAAGCUGAAUAUAUUUGUUCAUAGGAGUAUAUUUCUGCCAUAAUUUGGGUCCACUUGUCCCCGCAGGGAUCAUUAUAACAAAACAUUUUUGUGGAGUUGGGAGGUGCACCAUCCAUAGUUUCUAUGAUUCACUGUAUUUUUGAGUACACAAAUUAUCUGAAACCUUUGCACACUGUGUGAAAUGGAAAUUAAAAACAAAAUGCAGAAGAGCGCAAAAUGUUCAGCAUCAAAUGUUGAAACUGAGAACCUUUUUUAAAAGUACUUUAUGUCCAUGAGUACUUCUUGUAGUUUUGCCUCUGUACACUAUCACAGUGGAUUUUAAAUCAAACAAUGAAUUUUUUUUAACAAGAGUUUUGGAUUAAUUGGAAUUUCUAUGAAGUAAAAUUUACAUAUAUAGCUACUAGCCAUGCCAGCUCCCAUACACUGUGCACUGAUCAAAGAAGAAGAGGUAAUGCAACCUAGUAACAAACAUGGCCCUUUCUCAGCUUAUUUAAAAUUCAUUGCUGGUGUCAAAUUUAAAAGGAGCUUGUAAUUUAAAAAACAAAACCAAAAACAGAUUUCUCAGUUUUAACAUUUCAUGUAUUAUAUUGUUUGAACAUUUUGCAGCUGAUUGCAAAUUGGCUGGGAUAAAUAUUGGCACCUUCAAAGAUGGAUGCAAUGGUUCUCAGCUGGAAAAGGUGGGGGAUGUCCAGCUCCAGUUUGGGAAUGAAUGUGCCUCUGUAAUGUAUUCAUGAAUGGAGAUUAAUAAGUUAGAGUUAGGAUGAGGAGCUCAAUCAUUUCAGAGGGCACACUGCUCCAAGUAGAAAGGAGGCAGUUGAGGUGUUUUGAGCAGUCUGGCUGAUGUCUGUCUUCAUACUGCUUACGCUCUAGCUCCAUUCUGUAGCCCUGACUCUCACAAUGUUCAACAGCUUAUCUGAGAAACAGAGAGCAGCACAGUACCAAGCGCAUCCACCUCUGGCUUCACUGCAAGUUACAGGGUUGUUUAAAUUCUGACACUCAUAAGUUUUGUUUCCAGGUUAGAUGUUCCACAUUGUGCUACCACAGGGACAAAAACCUGUUACUGUUGUUUGUAUCUUUGUCUUAAUGUUGUUGUACAUAUCUCACAAAUGUCUUAAAAAAAAAAAGCAUCUCUUUGUACUUUGAAGUCUUUGCCGGGCCUGAUUCUGUGUGCAAAUGCUCGACUGUAACUGUCCAUGAUUGUGUCGGAGAAGAAUCUAAGCCCCACAGUGGCCACUUUGAUGCUUUGUGAUCUGACAUGAGUGGUCAUGCACUCACACAAUACAUGGAUGCCUGGCUUUGAACAAGCGUGGCUCUUAAUGCAGUGUGGCCAGGCAAUAGGCUAAUAUGGGAAACAAGAGAGGGGACGUUUUAGGUGAUGGCUCUUUACGGAACAUCUGUAAUAUGACUUUUGCAUAUUUUACAUUCCAGAUUUUGACACCAAGAAAAUAAGAAAUCUGUGCACAUUUAUAACAUAUUUUCAAGUGAUUUUGUUUACAAGAGCUGUAUCCUUGCAUGAGCUGAGAUUCUUUGCAAAAAUGAAUAAACAUCUUUAUUUACUGUCA